GUGUUCUAUCUUUCGCUCUCUCGCUUCUCAGUCUUUCUCUCUCCACCACUUCAUAUGAUAUGAAGCUUAUCUGUUCUUCUUCCAGCUAGAUUUUCUCCCGAUUUCAUUUUUUUUUUUGGGGUCGAGACAGAGAGCGAGAGAGAUACGGAGGGAAUACACACAUCACUUUCUCUUUCUCUUUCUCUCUCUCUCUCUCUCUCUCUCUAUAUAUAUAUAUAUGUGUGUAUACCUAUUAUCUAUCUCACUCUCUCUCCUUGUUACUGCGAUUUUCUCGGUUGAGAGGAAAAAGAAGAAAAUUGAAUCUCAGGAGAUGGCCAUGGAACAUACGAUUCUCAGCUAUGAUUCUGUCCGUCGAUUUCGCUAAUCUUGAUUCAUUAUCUGCGAAAUGCAGGGCCCGCCGAUUCCAGUCUGUUAGGGUUUUGGUUCUCUGCAAUGCAAAUCGCUAAUGUGAUCCAAUCCAACUCAACAGUAAUGGUUGAAGAUUGUGGUAGGGUUCCUCUUCAAGUUUUUCUCUUCAUUUUUGUUGCUUGAUUUGGUUUCACUUCUCCCAUUCGACUCUGUUUGUUUGGCAAAGAUUUGCUGCUUUACAUUGUGUGCUCGGCUUCUCAGAGCUUAUUUCGCCAUUUCCACAUUUGCUUAUCAUAACAAAUCAGAGAAUUUAGUAACUUAGGCGAGCGAAGCGAUGCGAUGAAAUGCUGGAAAGAUUCUCAGAGCGAAUACUCCUUCUCCUUCUCCUACUCCCUUUUGUAGGGAUUCCUCCAAUCCAAAGGAGAAAAGUGAUCUGAGCGACAACAACGGCUUAAAGCUUCGGUUACAGCUUUAGUUUUUGGAUUCAUACACACCUUUCCUUUUCCAAGUUCCCGUUGGUUUAUGGAUUUCCAAGUCUGCGUUUAGUGAUUCUGAAGCUUCCUUGGGAGGCUUCAGCUAUAAGCCCAGUUCCAGUUUCUGUUACUUUCUUACCCCCCCGCCCUGGAUCUGACUAUCUCAUUACUACAUUUUGGGGGUUGACUUUUGUGGUUGUCUGUUUGGAUCUACGGAGCUAGAUUGAUUUGCAUUCUGCUGAUUCUUAAUACUUUCAAAGCAUCCAUGGGGCUUCUUCGACCAAGUCUCGUGAUGCUUCUGGUUUUGAUAUGGUUCUUUUGGUUGCCACAACUCAGGGCUCAGUCGGCUGGGUCCACAAGGGCGGCCCUAGAUGCACUUCUACAAGACUAUGCUUAUAGGGCUUUUGUUCACCCCAGGACUGGCAUUCCCUUUGAUGGGGUUGUGCCAUCUAAUCCUGGGAUUAACAUCUCAGCAAUGAGGCUCAGGAGCGGUAGCUUAAGGAGUAGAGGUGUUGCAGCAUACAAAGAGUUUAAGAUUCCUAUGGGUGUUGUUGUGCAGCCAUAUGUGGAGAGGUUAGUUCUGGUCUACCAAAACUUGGGCAAUCGGUCUUCGAUUUAUUACGGUUUACCCAAUUACACAUAUUUAGCUCCGGUAUUGGGUCUUCUUGCUUACGAUGCAUCAAACUUAUCGGCCAAAAAUUUAUCUGAAUUGGAUAUUAGGGCAUCUCGUCUACCCAUAUCAAUCAAGUUUUCAAAUGUAACAUUGGUGCCCAAUGGGUCAGUUGCGAAGUGUGUUUGGUUUGACUUACAUGGUUUCGUGAAUUAUAGCGAUGUUUCACCAGGCAAUAUAUGUACAACCUUCCAACAGGGGCAUUUCUCUAUUGUUGUUGAGUCCACUGCAACACCAAGUGGUGGAGGAAAGAAGAACAACACUAAAGUCUGGAUAAUUGUCGGGUCGGUGCUCGGUGGUUUAGCAUUGUUGGUUUUGUUGGGAUUCCUGGCACUGUGGGUGCAGGGGUACAAGCGUCGGAAGAAAAUGCAACAGAUGGAAAAGGCUGCAGAAGUAGGGGAAGCACUACACAUGACCAUGGUUGGGAACACGAAAGCCCCAGCUGCGACGGUGACGCGAACACAACCAACCCUUGAGAGUGAAUAUGUGCCCUAGCUUGUGUCAUGUUGUGGCACAACCAACCUUUGAGAGUGAAUAUGUGCCCUAGUUUGGGUCGUGUUGUGUACAAGCCGCCUUUGCUCAUUCAUAUUCAUGUUUAUUCAUGCAUUAGAUAUUCUUCUGAUUACACCUGUUUUUGUUGGUGUCUUCUUCCUUCCUUUGCUCAUUUCUUUGAUAGGCUCUUGGUUUUAGAGUGGGUAAUAUAGAGCUAUUGUGUAAAAAAUUCGGUGACCACUCACAAAACACUUUUGAAGGGUAGUUUCAUGAUUCAUUGUGGUGUGGAUGUAGGCUGUAGCCCAGAGUGAUUUCUGUAUGUCAUGAAUUUGCUGUGUCCCAUUGACAAAGAAUAAAAAGUUUCUGGAUUGUUUUCAA